UCAGUAACAACCAUGUUCACUUUUAUCGCAAUCACGUGCCUCCUCGGAGUAGCGAGUGCUGCUCCUUCAGGAGGGUGGGGACUCUCCGCUAUUGAUAGCAUUUCCAUCCCCAACUACGGCUUUAACUACGCGGUCAACGACCCCAGCACAGGUGACAACAAGGCGCAGUCCGAGGUGCGCAACGGCGACGUGGUGAAGGGCCAGUACUCGCUGGCGGAGCCCGACGGCACCAUCAGGGUCGUGGACUACACCGCCGACGCCGUCUCCGGCUUCAACGCCGUCGUCAAACGCAUCGGCGCCGCCCAGCACCCCCCCACGCUGCGGCUCCAGCCCAUCGUCAGCAAACCCAUCUCCUACCUUAACGUAGCCCCGGUCUCCUACUCCAGCAAUCUCAUCGGCCUGGGCGGAUUAGGCCACGGAUUGGGUGGAUUAGGCCAGGGUUUGGGCGGCCUAGGCCUCGGCCUAGGUAACCUAAACGGACUCGGCUUGGGCGGCCUCGGCCUGGAGUCGCUCGGCCUAAGCGGCCUGGGGCUAGGUGGAUGGAAACACUAAAACGACAAACUUAGUGCCAGC